AUGAGCAUCACAAAUCAGCUAGAUCUCCCGCGGCCGGAUGAAGCGGCUAGGAUGUCAUCACAAGUGUCGGCCUCCGCUGCUGAGGGAAGACAAGUGAAUGAUAUCCCAGAUGGUCUUGAAGAGGCUAACUUGUCCGAUGAGGCCUCUAUUGAAGACCAAGAUGAGGCGCAGGCUGCUCUUCAACCAGCUAUUAGCGCUGCGGCCAGUCAUCUGACAUCUGCUCAGACUCCGGCGGCGGAGAAGGCAGCAGCUCUUGAACGGGUACCUGGGGGUGGGUAUUUUGACAGCGCGAUUAUCGAGGGCGAUGAAGAGGAUGAACGCGAAGAUAAUUACAGUCCUGACGUUGGGACACUAUCGGAAAUAGCCAAAAGUUCCCGGCUAAGAGACGAGGUGGUGGAUGAUGGCCAAGUCUUGGCCGAAUCCAGCUCUCAAACACCAGAUCAACUACCAAUGCCUUCGCCAUGGAUUUCAAGGCCAAAAGACUUUGCCAUCAGCAAAGACACAUCUCGUUCGCGGCAAACCCGAGGGGUGCUCGGGUCCGCAUUCAGCCCGACGAGACAACAUCGUUCACGAUCCACUGGACAAGAAGCUUUUAAGAAACUCCAAAAGGCGUUCCCAUCUCUCACCGGCCACGGCAAUCUCUUACCUUCUUUGCCAACUUCUUUUCUUUCAAAUUUCACGGGAGACCACAAAAAUAGUCUAAAUCAAAGCUCCAAGUUGGCAAGUCGCCCUCGUCCUAGGUCCUUUACACUGACCCAAGCAUCCACAACCAACCCUGCCCAUAGCGUUGGGUACUAUCCUGAGAGUGAGCAGAAUGAUAAACACACGCCACUGCCUUCUACCGCAUCAAGGACCAGUUUGUCCUCCAGUUCGCGGCCACGGCCUCCCGUGUUGCGACGCGUUACCUCCGACGAAAGCCUCCUCUACCACAGCUUGUCAAGACAGUCUUCUCUAGGAGAUGACAAUAGAUUCAGCGAUGUCCGAGAAAUGGUCAAUAUCCGGUUCAUGGCCAUCAGAGAUAGCCUUCCAGACGUACCAAACUUCAAGAUGCCCAGCUUUCCACGCUUGCAGGCAGCGUCCCGCAUGUCGUCAAUUUCACUUAACGGCCUGUUUUCGAGCUCGACUGAAGAAAACACACUUAGUCGACAAAAACCAGAUAUUGGUCCAGAUGUACCCAUUGCACAACCGAGUCAGGUGCUACCUAAGUCAAGCGCUUCGUCGGUGGCGAUGGAUCGUGCCUUGGAAGAUCUCACCGGUGAUGUAGUUAUCUUGGGGGGCUAUCGUGGCUCCGUGCUUCGAUCAGCGGAGCCGCCACACCAGCAACUUUGGGCUCCGGUUAAGCUGGGCUUCAACAUGCGCAAAGCAAACCUAGAAGUAGGCCUAGAGGAUGAGGAUGAAGAAACUAUGGAGGAACGCAUCAUUCCUUCGGGCAUGCUCAAACAUAUCGGCCCGGUGGAUGUUUCACGAAAGCUUUUCAAGAGACUCCGGUCUUCUCCAAAUGUACGCAAUGGAACUCUCCGAAUAUGGGACUACGGAUAUGAUUGGCGGCUGAGCCCUGCCUUAUCAUCAAAGAGAUUACAGGAGUUCCUUGCAAAGUUGCCGUCUAAUAUGCCUGGGACACCCCCAGAGUCUCGUGGAGCUAUCGUCAUCGCUCACAGUCUAGGUGGACUCAUCACAAGACAUGCUGUUAACUUCCAGCCACAUCUUUUUGCAGGCGUACUCUACGCCGGAGUCCCUCAAAGAUGUAUCAACAUCCUAGGACCAUUCCGCAAUGGUGACGCAGUCCUCUUCAACGAGAAGCUGCUCACCGCACAAGUUAAUUUCUCGAUUCGUACAUCAUUUGUACUGCUUCCCGAUGAUGGUUUCUGCUUCAUCGACAAAGAAACUGGAGAGUCAUACCCAGUUGACUUUUUCAAUGCUGAUGAUUGGGUCAAGUGGCGUCUCAGUCCCUGUGUGGCACCAGCUCUACCGCCAUAUAGUCGUGACAAGCAGCAGGGAUUAACGUCUCCAUUGUCUUCUCUGUUCCCGAAUUCGCUUCUCAAGACGAAAAAAGCGCCGGAGGCUCAUGAGACCCAAAACAUUGUUUCUACCACCAGUGAGACCCACUAUCACGGAGUCGCUCCGCUCCCAUCUCCACCGCGUUCACCGUCGCCUCCCUCAGGUGCUCAGAAUACUUUGACGAUAGAUCAAGAACGAUAUCUGAAGUACCUCAGACGGACGCUUGCUGCUACUCGUAAAUUUCGAUCUGAGCUGGCACACUCUGAAAAACUUGAAUCAUCCAAUGCCUAUCCGCCACACGCCGUUCUGUACGGGAAGACAAUUCCAACCGUAUACGCAGCCCAAGUAGCAGGACGAGAGGCUAUACCUUGCGCGGAUGCUUAUGACGAUUUGGUUUUUCGCCCCGGAGACGGAGUUGUUCUUGCACGAGAAGCUAUGCUGCCCGCAGGGUAUUCCAUCGUCCGUUCAGGCAGAGUCAGCACGGAGAGGGGCCACCUUACGAUGCUUGGAGAUCUACCAGCGGUAGGUCAAGCGCUUGAGGCACUUCUCAAGGGUCGUCGGAAAGGGAUUGGUAUGGGAGCAUAA